AUGGCUACUAAUGAUCUUGUUCAAAAGCUGAUUCAAAAAGGAAAGUUGGGAUCAACCAUAUUUAUCAACACUACAGAAUAUCUUAGCUUAGUAGUUGCUCAACCAUGCUCGACUUGUAAUAAUUGUAAGAUUGAUAAGCAGAAAUAUAAAAUCAAAACCAGUGGACUUUCAGUUAAAGUUACCACUACAUGUAAGCAAUGUCAUACUGUUACUAUAUUUACAAAUGAAUCUACUGAAAUGAAUUUUUUGAGAGUUAUUGCAGAAGCUGGACUUUUAGGAGGUGUUAAUUGUGAAGAAUGGAGAAAUAUGUUAGCUUUUUGUGGGAUUACUAAACAAAGUGGUAAAAGGCAAUAUUUUAAAUAUCAAGAUAUUAUGCUUAAAGAUAUUAUGCAAGCAGCACAUCAAAGUGCAGAUGAGGCUUUAAUAGCAGCAUUAAAUUUUAUAAAAAAACAGCUGGAAAAAAAGGAAGGAUAUAUUUUGGAAGGCAGUUUUGAUUGUGUAUGA